AUGGUGGCGGCGCCAGAGAUCAGGCCCAUGACGAGGACGUCAUCGACGUACAUCGCAGAGACAGCGCGGGGGACGCACUCGUUCAAGGUCAGCAUGAAACGAGGCACCGCCGCCGCGGGCGCGUACGUGAGCUCCGACACCUUCGUCGUCGGCGGCCACGACUGGCGCAUCCGCUGCUACCCCCGAGGAUCCUACUCAAAGACCCACGUCGGAGUCUUUCUGGACGUCGUGAGCGAGGGCGGCGGCAUUGAGGUUGAGGUGCUCUGCGAUUUCAGGCUGCUCAACCGGGCCACCAAGGUGUUCUCGUCCGUGCUCUCCGUGGAAAGAUUGUCCAAACCUUCGAAAGGGCCCUGGGGCAGUCCCUUUUUCAUGAGCAGGAGCCUGCUGGGAGCCUCCUACCUGCAGGAUGAUGGCUGCAUCGUGAUCGGAUGCGACAUCACUGUUGUCAGGCAAUCACUGGUCGAGGAGACCGUGGAAGUUCAAGUGCCUCCAUCGGACCUGUCGGAUGAUCUUGGAAAACUCCUGGAAUCAGGGGUGGGAGCGGACGUGACAUUCGAGGUCAAAGGAGAGGUUUUCCAUGCCCACAAGAUCGUUCUUGCAGCUCGGUCGCCGGUCUUCAAGGAACUCAUCUACGGAUCAACGGGGGACAACGAGACUGUUAGAUAA